AUGGCUUCCGUCGCGAAGAAAGCGCGACACGAGUUCAGCGAUGUCAGUCACAGAAUCAAGCGAGAAACAGCAAAAAGAGUUAAACUUUUUGACUCCAUUAGAGGAAAAGAACCUUSUAUUCCGUUCUGGGAUAUCAUUGUCAUUAGUGCUUGUGAUGAAAGCCAAAAAGAAGCUUACAAUAUUCAAAUCGAAGCCAAACAGCAGCGCAAAGAACUACCCCUUGGGGUAGAUUAUCAAGUUUUUGCUGAUCCCCCCGGACCCAAAAUUGGUAAUGGAGGAUCGACUAUUGUAUGUAUAAAUCAGCUGAUUAAGAUAUAUGGAGAAGAGAAGCUGAGUCAGUGCAAAAUAAUGCUCGCCCAUGCAGGGGGAUACAGYACCCGAAUGCCGAAUGCAAGUGUACUUGGAAAAGUCUUUACAGCCUUACCAUGGGGUCAUCCACCAUAUCAAAUGAUAGAGAUGCUAAUGGCUACAUUUAUAGAUGUUCCUGCUAACAUGAUUCCAGGGAUUCUAUUAGUUUGUCCAGACACUUUUGAAUUAUUCAAUACUGAUGAUCAAGUAUUGCAGUUUACAAAACCUGGUUUUACAGCUUUAGCUCAUCCAUCGCCCAUUGAGAUAGGUACCACGCAUGGUGUUUUUGAUGUUGUUAAAAGUGAUGAAAAUAUGAAUGAUAAUGUUGCUGUUUUCACAACAUGUUCAAGAUUUCUGCACAAACCAUCCAUUGAGAAAAUGAGAGAAAGUGGUGUAGUUUUCAGUAAAGAUGGCAAGGAACAUGUGUACACUGACAGUGCCUUCUUUGUUGAUUGGGAAACAGCCAGGAACCUUACCAUUGACUACAUAAGGAAUACAGGUAAUGUUAUCAAGGUGGAAUCAUCCCUAGUUAAGACCAGAGAAAUGAUCUAUAACCAUCUGAAAGGCACUGCAUUAAAUGUUAUCCUACUGAAUGAGUCAAAGUUUUACCAUAUAGGAACAAUAGCAGAAUAUGCACAUUAUUUCUGUGAGGACCCUGUCUUUAGAGGCCUAUGGAAUUGUUUUUACAGGAAUACAGGUAAUGUUAUCAAGGUGGAAUCAUCCCUAGUUAAGACCAGAGAAAUGAUCUAUAACCAUCUGAAAGGCACUGCAUUAAAUGUUAUCCUACUGAAUGAGUCAAAGUUUUACCAUAUAGGAACAAUAGCAGAAUAUGCACAUUAUUUCUGUGAGGACCCUGUCUUUAGAUUUGAAUCCUCUGGACAUCAUGAAAUCCAUGUUUCUAAAACAAGCAAGUAUUCCAGAUCACCCAAYACUGUCAUAGCUGAGAGCUCUGUUCUUAUGCACUGCCAUAAAAAUUUACCCUCUCAUGUUGGUCCAAAAUGUGUGCUAGAUUUCUGUGAAAUUGGAGAAAGUGCAUGUGUUGAAAAGGGCUGUAUAAUUACCAAUGUUGCUAUMCCAGAGGAAGCUGAGGUCCCUGAGAAUGUUUUCUUGAUGACUGCUUGUGUAAAGUUAGGUGGAAUGAAUGGUCUGUUUGUGACGGUUGGUUUUGGUGUUGAGGAUGACAUGAAGAAGACGUCCAAGAAAGAUGAGCUGGCUAAACUAAGUUAUGUUGGACAACCAUUGGACAAGGUUUUUACCCUUCUGGGAAUUUCACAGGAAGCUGAGGUCCCUGAGAAUGUUUUCUUGAUGACUGCUUGUGUAAAGUUAGGUGGAAUGGAUGGUCUGUUUGUGACGGUUGGUUUUGGUGUUGAGGAUGACAUGAAGAAGACGUCCAAGAAAGAUGAGCUCGCUAAACUAAGUUAUGUUGGACAACCAUUGGACAAGGUUUUUACCCUUCUGGGAAUUUCACAGAGUGAAUGGAGCAUAGUUUCUUUGUGGCAUGCCAAACUCUUCCCAGUCUUCAAAGAUUCCAAACUCUCAGUCCAGCAUACAUUAAACAUCCUAUGUGCUUUACGGGAAGGGGGUAACGUCACGCCCCCGUCAGAAGAC